GGCGCCCCGCCACCGAUCAAGCGUUAUUACCGGUUUCCUUGGAACUGUUCCAGCUGUGUCUGAUGAUCUGAAAACCGUCCGCACAUGUGAGCUCUAUAACAGCUACAUCAAAGAUAUACCGGAAGUACAGUGGAAGGUACCACGAUAGCGUCUUGCCACCAGACCGCGGACCUAAAGACCACGGACCAGACCACGAACUGCCACCAGACCCGAAAAGAAGCCAAUCCAUGUCUGUGCAAGUGUAUCGUGACCUGGACGGCCUCUUCAUCAGUCGAUGCUUCCAAGAUGACAUCGUCCGUCCGGCGUUGGCCUAUCAACCACGUCCGGACGACGUCUUUAUCGUGAGCUACCCCAAGUGCGGCACCACGUGGAUGCAGCACAUCGUCUACCUCAUCUACAGCGGAGGAGUUCCCGCAAAGGACAGGUUGGAGCUUGCGGCGAAGACGCCGUUUUUAGAAAUGCACGGGAUAGAUUCAGCGGUUCAACUGCCAAGACCAGCAGCGAUCAAGACACACCAGCCGUUCCACAGGCAGCCUUAUUCGGAUCAGGCGAAAUACAUCUACAUCACGAGAAACCCAUUCGACUGCUGCGUGUCCUUCUACUACCAUACCAAGAACAUACCGGCCUACUUGUUCGAGACGGGAACCUUUGACGAAUUCUUCGAAAUGUUUAUGAAGGGGGAAGUCGACUUCGGAGACUACUUCGACCACUUGAUGUCCUGGUACCCUCACAGGAACGACCCCAACGUCUUCUUCCUUACGUACGAAGACCUCAAGAAAGAUCCCCGGUCCUGGAUACAGAAGGUGGCCGACUUCCUCGGACCCAGUUACGGUGAUAAACUCCGCAGUGAUCCCGGCAUCUUGGAGAACGUUCUGGAGAAUUCUAGCCUCAAAAGUAUGAAGAAGGUGGUGAACGAGGGCAGGAUGAAUAUAUAUUGUGGACCAGUGGACCAGUUGCCACCGUCUUUGGUGUCUGGCAUCAGCGCAGUCGACGACGAUCUGAAGAAACCGAUGACGGGUGACUUUGUGAGGAAAGGUGAGGUUGGCGACUGGAAGCGCCACUUCUCGUCUGAACAGGUCAGGAGGCUGAAAGAGAGGAUUGCGAUCAAGACGGCUGGAAGUGACGUGAUGGAACUGUGGAAGGACUUGAAGUUUGAGAUUUGAUGACCUCGAUCUUACGAAGUUUCGCUCGUAGCAGAACCGGGUAAUCUAUUGGAGUAAAGAGAGUUUCUGUCACGGUGUCACGUCAUCAGUGAAGCCCACGUUCGUCACGUCCUGCAGCGAAAACCCUUCCCCCUCAAUCAGGAGUGCAUCAGUUGAAAUUUCUUAGUUUUGGUCUCUAAAUAGACAACAUUAUAACGUAGAAUUACAGCGCCGACUCAAUGAAGCAAAAACAGGUAAAAGACAUCGUCACCAAAAUGAGGAACCAAAUCUCACAGAAGUACGUAGUGCACUUUACUUUGCAGAUGAGUAGGUGCCCCACCUUCGUACAUUCUGAACAAGAGACAACACAAAUUAUAAAUGCUGAUCUUCAAGUAAAAUAAAGAUAAUUUUAAAAGUAA